GCUGUGGUGCCAUGUGGAAACGUCCGCCCUGCAUGCACCUGCGUGUGAACACCAACAGAGGCAAAGGAAGGGAAGAAGAGAGAACUGGAAAAGAAGAUAAAACAUUCCACUAAUCACGGAGAGAACGUCUUGUGAGGAGCGGAGAGCAGAGGGCAUCGGCUAGAGAAUAAUGGCAGCACCUGACCUAGUGGACCCCAAAUCCGCCACUCACAGCAGCAAGCCCCGCCGCUCCUUCUCCGCCAAGUCAAUCACACUGAGCCCCACAGAGGAGUGUCAGGCUAUUGCCACGGUGAUGAAGUGGAAGACGGUGUCGGCCAUUUUCCUCCUGGUGGUUCUCUACCUGGUCGUUGGAGCUGCCGUCUUCAAGGCCCUAGAACAACCCCAUGAGAGUGCUCAGCGCCUGGCCAUCCUGACUCAGAAACUAGACUUCCUCUCUACACACUCCUGUGUAAACCACAGCCAACUGGAGGAACUGGUCAAGCAAGUGGUGUCAGCGAUCCGUUCAGGGGUGAACCCAGCCGGGACUCUGACCAAUCACAGCAGCCUCUGGGACCUAAGCUCCUCUUUCUUCUUCGCUGGAACUGUCAUCACUACCAUCGGAUUUGGGAACAUUUCCCCCCAUACGGAGGGAGGGCGUAUCUUCUGUAUCAUCUAUGCCCUUCUGGGCAUCCCUCUGUUUGGCUUCCUGCUGGCUGGAGUAGGAGACCAACUGGGAACCAUCUUUGGGAAGGCCACCGCCAGGGUCGAGAAGAUGUUUGUGCAGUGGGAUGUUAGUCAGACCAAGAUUCGUGUCCUCUCUACCGUUCUCUUCAUUCUGUUCGGCUGUCUGCUCUUCGUGGCGCUGCCGGCAGCCAUCUUUAAACAUAUUGAGGGCUGGAGUGCCCUGGAGUCCCUCUACUUUGUAGUCAUCACCUUGACAACCAUUGGUUUCGGGGACUUUGUCGCAGGUGGUUCAGAGAUAGAGUAUCUGGACUAUUACAAGCCUGUGGUGUGGUUCUGGAUCCUGGUGGGUCUGGCGUACUUCGCUGCUGUACUCAGCAUGAUAGGAGACUGGCUCAGAGUCAUCUCUAAGAAGACCAAAGAGGAGGUAGGGGAGAUCAGGGCUCACGCAGCAGAGUGGACGGCUAACGUCUCGGCAGAGUUCAAGGAGACUAGGCGUCGCCUCAGCGUUGAGGUCUACGACAAGUUCCAGCGAGCCGCGUCAAUCAAAAGCAAAAUGUCAUCCGAGCUGGGCCUAAACUCUGACCCCGAGCUCACCCCACCCAAAAGGAAGAUGUCCGUCAACUUCACCAAUGAAUUGGAUCGGGAGAAGGAGCCGGUGUCCCCGCCUGUUACCAAAAAUGGAAGUCCGUUCCUAAACGGGAAGGGGGUGGACCCUAAGAGAGGUGACAUUGCUAUUACACCUCAAGUAGAGGUCACAACCUUUCACCUCUGACUCUGCUUCAGCACAAGCCACGCCCACCUGGUUACAACAACCAAUGGCAGCCAUCUUUCAGCACAAAGUGGAUGAUGUCAUUGAUAAACAACUGCCCUUAUGACGGACUAUAUAACAAUAUAACACUAUGAAUCAAUUAUGAAGCAUUUUGAUUUUGAACUACAACCGAAUAACAACAUGAAUUGUGAACUGUGAACAGAUGUAUCUGAAUAGAAGAGUCAUGUUUGGGGAGUAAGGUCAGGGUAAGGUCAGGGCAAAGCUGAAUCGUCAUCCUAUUUCCUGUAUAGUGUUCUACUUAAUGGCCAUAACCUCAUAGGGUUCUGGUCAAAAGCAGUCAACUAUAUUGGAAAUAGGGUAUAACUUAGGACACAACCUUGGUUUAUGUAUACAAUUUAUUAUGUUGCCAAUGUAUGAGGAAUAUCAGUGAGUAUUAGUACGUCUCUAUGCCUUGAGUCAGAGUAUGGUUCGGUUCUAUAGGGUUCUAAAGGGUUCCAAGAGGGAACCUUUCCCUGACUGUUAACCAGAACCGGACCACUCAGGGUUUUUUUCUACUGAAGGAACCACAGCGGUGCCUUAGUCCUUUUCUACCAUGUGAAUGAACAGACAAUGAUUUCUCUUGUCGAUCAUAACGCUCACUCUUGUCAUUUAAAACAACGAGACAGUUUGUCUGUAGAACUACGUGGCUGUAGUCCUCCGAGCUGCUCCAGGGAUGCUGGGUGUUUGGAGCAUCAAAUGGAUGCUCCAUUCCACUAGGACUGUUUCUGGACAGAUAUUUUAACAUUGGAAAAAAAACGGAGGCUUAUGUCUUUUGACAUAAGUGCCAAUUAUUUGUGUUAUCAAAACGUCCUACUACAGUACAUGCAACAUCAAUGUGAACCAAAACUCACCCUCGCCAUGAUGACAAAAAAUGGCUGCCUUGCUUCGACACAGUUCCUAAAUCGACAGUUCUGUUCAACAUUAUGUUGUCGUAUUCAGAGCUAAUGCCAAAUCUGAAGGAGAUAAAAAAAAUAUUUGAAUUUGGUGGGUGCUUAUAUUUGUCCUAUUUCACACAUGUACGAGUAUAUAUUAAUUUAUUAAUUGGAAAUGUGUUUUUUUGCAUAUCCCAAAUUUUCCUGAGGCAGCCUCGGAUAGUGGGGUAACAGCCAGGGUCUGCCAUAAUCAACGGAAACCCUUGAGCAAUUAGGAUUAAGUGCCUUGCUUAAGAUCACAUCAACUGAUUUAUUACCUAGUCAGCUCUGGGAUUCAAACUAGCAGCCGUUCAGUUACUGGCUCAACGCUCUAACCGCAAGGCUACCUGCCGCCCUAAGAUGAGGGUGUGGUGGUUGACUGUUAAGAUACCUGCUGUGUCCAGACCGUAAAAUCAGAUCCCUAUAUCAUGUCUUUCUCCGUAAGGAGGUGGAGGAAGUAGAUCCACAUGGUUCAUCGAUCUGUUCAAUGUCUCAGCUAGCUCUCCGCCACCGCUCGUCAUCCUUAUCCAAUUAGGAUUGAUUUGUUUUCACAUGACUAUCUGUCUUUUCAUAUGAUACAUUAUCUUAUAGCAAUCCUUUUUAUGUUCAAUCUAAGGUCUGUUUGAAUGAAACCAUAGUGGGGUCAUUGAGAAGGAGGAGGAGGAGGAGGAGGGGUUUGACCUAGCCGAUGUGAACUAGCCAGUGAGAGCUAGCCAUCGUGCAGUGACGUCAACCGCCCGGAGAUCUAGUCAACUGUCGCUCGCAGAGUGACGAGCUGGUCGGCAUCUUGCUCUGUCAGUAACACGGUUGACUUGAGUGCAUGAGUGUUGCUGUGGGUUUGAGUCCCGGGUUCCCCGUACAGGGAGGAACUCUGUUACAUCGAAUUGGAUGUGUUGCAGACGGAUACACAGGCCAGAUGACUUUGAAUGUUACUUGAAACGUUACAAACGGACAAAGAGCUGAUGAAACACAGUUUUUUACAGGCAAAAAAAAACACCAACACAUGAAAUCAUUCAGCAUUACACGCACACUCACAAACACACACACACACACCUGAGGGGUUCUCUCUCACACACCCUGUGUACACCUGCCAUUCAACAAUGCACUUUUAUUUUACCGCUUGUGUUUUAAAGUUACAACAUUUUUAUUGUUUUCACAGCUAACACUAUUCACCAUGAAGGCUUUUGUAUCGUCGUUAUGCGGAGAUAAACUGUAACUGUUCUCUUUCUAGCGAUGUUGCUGCCUGUCUGGCGCGCAGUCCACAGAGCUGUGAUGUAAUUCAUUAGCACCAGUGUGAAACCACGGCUACCGUUCCAAUGUCCACACUUGUAUCCCAUCUAGAAUGCAAGCUUAAUAAGUGUCAGGCGAGAUGCUAAAGUGGAUAUUGGAACAGAUCCUGUAUGUGAAAUCCAUGACACAAAAAACUAUCAUUUCAGAGAGCGCUACUAUCUCUGACUGAACACCAUUAUUUAUUAGGUAGUAGAGAGAUAUACAGACCUGCUAUCUUAAUUUGAUUGGUCUGGCGUUGCUGAUGCUGUGCAGCAGGAAAUGCUAAUUAUAUUGUAUUCAAGGUUUAAGGUCUAAAGUUUGGAAUUUCCACUUUAAAAUGUCAGACUAGAUUUGCCCUAAUGAAAAAUGUAUCAACCACUCGUCUCAGCAUAUCCAAUUAUGAUUAAGUCCAUUAAUUACAAAAAUUUCCAUUAAUUGUAAACCACAUAAUUCCCAUUUCCUGCUGUGAGAAGCAAGGUAAAAUCAAGAGUGCAUCUAUUGGGGAGUGUGUUAGGGGGAUAGAGAACAAUGAAGUACUGUAAUAACAUGGGUUGUGUCUGAAUACCCAUUCUUGCAUUGUAAAUACUGUAGUAUUCGUUUUGGGUAUGAGGAAAUAGAACAUUUUAUAGUAUUUGAGAGUUUGAAAAAUUAGUAUGAUUUAAUAAAUCCCAGGAUGUUAUACUAAUUUCGGCUUUUCAUGAAGUAGAAUUCGCUGCACGUUAGAGAGGAAGAGAAUCAUAUUUCCCGACUCACGUGUGUUUGACAACAGCCGACAAUCACAAUAAUAGAGGCGCAACUAAAAUGAACAAAUGACAAGGUAAGAUAACAAGGUAACGAGGAAGUAGAUGCCGUCUUCUCAGUAUGUUAUUUGUUGCUUACUGCAUAUAUUUUUACUAAACAGCAUUUUCUUAAUAGUAUGUACUACUAGUAUUAGCACACGGUAUGUCGUUGUAGUAAGUAGUAGGCAUGAUAUAGGACACAGCCAUGGUCUUACAAGCCUGGGGAGAAGUGAUUCCGGUCCUGACGAUGUGUUGCUUGUUGUUUCCACGGCUGUGCCAUAGUAGUGGCUUGGUCUGUCUGUCUUUUGCAUUUUCUCUGUCUGUGUUACUGUCAGGCCUGGGUCCAAUAUGCAUUUGUUUUGUUCCAAAUACUUGAGGUGCAUUUGAUUUAUCAUGGCUAGCACGCAGAGUUUGCACUUGGUACUAUUCCAUAGCUAACUAGCAUUAGCACUGUCGGCUCCAAAACUGUGGUAAAACCAGUUAAAAUACUCUACAGUAAAAGUGUAUAUUUUGCAUUUUUGUGAAAUAAUUUUUGAUGUGAUAUGAAAGUAGCUGGCUUUAUUAUUUCCUGAACUGUACCGCAAUUGAGAAUCGAUUCACAUUUAGAUGGAGUAUUUGGUUGUUUUGGCUGCCAGAGCCAAUUCCCCCUCUUACAUAGAACAUGAAAGGUCCUUGGACUACAAGGAGGAGGAACGUUAGGCUCCUUAUAGUCCAUUAUUGGGCUUGGGCCAGACAAGCUAAAUCAAGCGCAUACGAACUGUGUAUUUGGCCCAUGUCUGGCUAUUAUUACAGUAUCAUUAGCUUUGACUCUAACAUGGGUUACUGAUGGCUAUUAAUUAACAUGUAUGAACUGUUAUUAAGUGUUCUGCAAAUACAACACCAGAUAUGUUAAGUAUUUUAUGAUUGUUCAUCUUUGUUUUGUUUGUUUUAUUUUAUUCUACACUGUUGGCGCUCUGGCUGUUCGGCCCAGACUUUGUCAUCUACAGUUAAACGUUGAUUCUGAAAAAAAAACGUCUGUAGAACCAGUCUAUAUAACUGAUUUCUUUCUUUUUGAUAUA